AUGUGCGAGUUUAAUGAUAGCGCCAUCGAACAUGGCCAGCAGGAUAUCGAAGGAUUAUCUCCUUCGGUCAAAGCAUAUCGCUACAGUGGUAUGGACGAUUUCUGCCAGAUCAUCUCGCUUGAGAAUGAUCGUCUCUAUGGUUCUUUCCGCGUUGGAGGAAAGGCAAAAGCGCGGGCAAGUGGUGCAAGUUGGGAAGGACUCAAAGACCAUUCGAUCACGCUGCCACAGACGGAAGACACCCUUCAAUUUGGCUCGGCGCAAAGGCCAAUGCCCAUUCGCACUUUCCACCGCAGUAGGCUUGCAGAUGACUGUAAUCGUCAGAAUAUCCUUGAUGAGAGAGACAACACUAAGAACACGCCAGACGAAGAUUAUAGCCCCGAGAAAGAAGACCACAGCGAACACCUUAUCUUCUUUAUUGAACCUACAACUUUUGAGCACGACUUCAUCAACUCGGAUCCUCCUGUUGGUACCAAUACAUUCUUCAAUCCGAAAACAAAGAUCCUUAUCGUCAAAAUGCUCGGCCCGGCGCACGAACAAGCCACAGUUGCUUUCGACGAUAUGCUUAAAGGGGCCCUUGAGCCAAUGGGCCUGACAAAAGCAAUCCAAUCCUGGGGAAGCACAGAGAUGCUUGCCAUAGAUGGCACAAGAAAGAAGGCAGACGGGGGGUGGGGUCCACGAAGACCCCCCCCAAACGCUCCUAGGAGACCCACGAUUAUUUUGGAGGUUGCCAAUUCGGAGACUUACGCCAAGCUCCGUCGUGAUUGUCAGUACUGGAUAGAUCCAGAAAGACAGGAGGCCAAUGCAGCUAUCGGAGUUAAUCUCCAUACAAAAAGGCCCGAAAUCUCGAUCGACCUGUGGGAAUGGAGCUCUCAAACCUCCCGCCCUAUCAACAGGACUCACUUAACCAUUAGUAAGAAAUCUGAUGGUGCAGUCUACUUUGAUCCCGAUCAUCCUCCACCUCAGGUCGUGAUCCCUUUUGAAUCUCUUUUUCGACGCCCCGCACAAAUCAACAGAGAACGUGAUAUAGUCAUUGAGACACAAGAACUCGUCGAGUUCGCAUCCAUGGUGUGGGAGGUGCAAUUCGAACAAGAUAAAGAAUGA